CAACUGUCUCUUCUCACUCUGAUCGGUCUCUUGAGAUACCAGUUAUGUGUGUAUCGGGGCUCCAUGGGUUCUAACACUUAAAAUGAAAAAGAAAAAGUUGUCUUGUAGCCGGUAAUUUGUUGCGUUACAGGUUCUACCAACUCUUUUUAAGAACUUAAUUUUGCUAACAUUUCUUCUUGUUGUUCUGGACUGGACUGGACAGACUUGGCUGUAGAAUAUUAUAAAGAAACUUAAAGGAAGGGUUCCCAGGAAAAGUACAGGGAUUCCACCAAUAUUGGGGUCUAUGGACAUGCAGGAUCUAGCCAGUCCUCACAGCCGUGAAUCCCCUAAUGGUCCCAGACUCGACAACUCCCAUAUCAAUACCAAUUCCAUGACCCCCAAUGGCACUGAAGUUAUUGGAACCAGUGGCUACAGCCCAAGACAAACACACCAGUUCUCCUCUCAGAUUUACCCUUCCAAACCGUAUCCACAUAUUCUCCCUACUCCUUCAUCCCAAAAUAUGGCUGCGUACGGUCAGACACAGUACACCACAGGAAUGCAGCAGGCCGCAGCCUAUGCUAGCUACCCCCAGCCUGGACAACCCUACGGGAUACCUGCCUAUGGUCCAUUAUGGGCAGGCAUAAAGACAGAGGGCGGACUGAGCCAGUCCCAAUCCCCUGGACAGGCAGGCUUCCUCAGCUACAGCUCUGGUUUCAGCACCCCUCAGACGGGCCAGGCUCCAUACAGCUAUCAGAUGCCAGGUAGCACGUUCACAACCACGUCAGGACUGUACGCAGGAAGCAACUCCCUCACAAACUCAACCGGCUUCAAUAGUACACAACAGGACUACCCGAGCUACCCAGCGUUCGGCCAGGGCCAGUACGCCCAGUAUUACAACAGUUCUCCUACACCUCCCCUUAUAGACCAGCAACAACACCAGUCCACACCCCCUCCACCACAGCCACCUACACCCUCCAGGAGCCCCCCUGACCAGCCAGGCCCUCACGGACCCCCCAGCAGUCCUGAAGAUUCAGAAUCGGAUCGAUUGCGGCGUUUGCCUCGGAUGGAAAGUCACGUGCCGAGGAGAAGGAACAACAACCCUUCACCACCGCCUGACUCUGACCUUGAGAGAGUGUUCAUCUGGGACUUGGAUGAGACAUCAUCGUUUUCCAUUUCCUUGCUCACAGGGUCUUACGCUAACAGAUACGGCCGGGAUCCCCCGACGUCUGUGUCACUAGGACUGAGGAUGGAAGAGAUGAUCUUCAAUUUGGCAGACACGCACUUAUUCUUCAACGACUUGGAGCAAAAAUAACGUUGGAGGUCUGCUGGGCCCAGCCAAACGAGAAGCCUGGUUACAAUUGAGAGCAGAAGUUGAAGCUUUGACCGACUCCUGGUUAACACUGGCACUGAAAGCACUCACAUUAAUCCACUCAAGGUCAAACUGUGUGAAUAUCCUGGUGACCACCACCCAGCUCAUACCUGCCCUGGCUAAAGUCCUGCUGUACGGACUGGGAUAGUGUUUCCUAUUGACAAUAUUAUAUGCUACCAAAAAUAGGUAAAUAAGUUAUCCUCUCUGUUUUCAA